GGGGAGUGGCCUGGUGUUGGGGCCAAAUAUAAUCACUUCUGUUUGGAUUGAUUUAGAUUAAACCUGGGAAGAGCUCCACACACAGAACCCUCCAGUGCUACAGAUAAUAUGGAUCUAACUGAGGCUCAGAAUGGCUGCCCUGCCUGGCCUGCAGGCUCAAACAGUCAGCAGCCAGGAAGCACAGUGUGCCCAGGACAGCAGCCCAGUCAGCCAUGGUGUCCUGGAUUACAGCCCUGCCAGCCAAACCCUCCCGCCUGGCCUGGACAACAACCCAAUCAGCCCAGCUCUAUCCCGUCCCCCGGACAACAGCCUGGCCAACCAAACCCUCCCGUCUGGCCUGGACAACAACCCAAUCAGCCCAGCCCUAACCCUGUACCCGGACAACAACCUGGCCAACCAAACCCUCCCACCUGGCCUGGACAACAACCCAAUCAGCCCAGCUCUAACCCUGUACCUGGACAACAGCCCGGCCAACCAAACCCUCCCGUCUGGCCUGGACAACAACCCAAUCAGCCCAGCUCUAACCCUGUACCUGGACAACAGCCCAACCAACCAAACCCUCCCGUCUGGCCUGGGCAACAACCCAAUCAGCCCAACUCUGUCCCGUUGCCCGGACAACAACCUGGCCAGCCUAGCCCACCUGUCUGGCCUGGACAACAACCCAAUCAGCCCAACUCAAUCCCGUUGCCAGGACAACCUGGCCAGCCUAACCCUCCCGUCUGGCCAGGCAAUCCACCCUGUCAGCCUAGCGCUCCGUCCUGGCCCGGACAGCAGCCUGGUCAACCAGCCCAGCCACCCUGCCCUCAACUGCCGAACCCCCCCUCUGCUCCAGGGUGGCCUGGACACCCAGGGCAACCACUGUGGCCUGGCCAGGGAGGGGGGCAGGUAAUUGGCCCUGGCCAGCCAGGCUGGCCCAGUCAAAACCCCCCUUAUGCUCCACAACCAUGGCCUGUUCCACCCUCAGGGUCUCUGGUGGACUUAUUAACAGUUGCUUUGGCAGUAGCGGCACCAGCAGUCCAAUCAUGGGUGUACCGGAGAAAUUUGCGGUCAGUGCCGUAUACCCUGGACCUUCCCAACGGAGUCUAUGACAAGCUGAUUAUCACCAUCACAGGACAGGUCAAGCUUAACGCAAAAAUGUUCACCGUUGAUUUCCUGCGGGGAAACGAUAUCACCUUCCACAUCAACCCUCGCUUUAACGAGGGCGGGAAGCAGGUGGUGGUCAGGAACCACAAAGUGGGAGACCGGUGGGGGAAGGAGGAGAGAGCCCUGCAGGCUCCAUUCCCCUUCAUGCAAGGCACACCCUUUGAGAUGAAGAUCCUGUGCACGUACAAUGACUUCAAGGUUGCGGUCAACAACGCGCAGAUACUGGAGUUCAAGCACCGUGUCCAGGAGCUCAGCAAGAUCAACAGGCUCAGCAUUUACAAUGACGUUAUCUUGACAUCCGUCAGACCUGAGACGCUCCCCUGAGAGAGCCUUAGCCUUUCUCUGAAUCUUUAAUGAAUUUGUCCUGACAUUUCAAAAUCAUAGCUUACAACAAUAAGCUGUUUUUCAGCUAAUAUAGGCUCAGUGGAUCUUAAAAAUUACCCAGAACAAUCAUGUUCACAAUUCAACAGCAUUCUUAAAAACAGAAUAGUUGUGUGAAGUUUUGUC